AUGAGCAGCAAAUGUAGCUUUUUAGGCUGCAAUCAGGCAGCAGAUAUCCAAUGCCUAUGCACGACCCCUAAAACACUUCUUUGCAAUGCACAUCUAAGCGUUCACAUUGCAACAGUUUCUGGAAUACAUAGCUGUAAACAAAUUAUUUCAAAAUUCAACACCCAAUCACGUAAGAAAGUCUUGGAGCUUUUAAUCUCUCAAAAACAGAGUUUAUUCUGCUUGAAGAAUGAUAUUACUUUUAUACCAUUUAUAUUAACUGAAUCUUCUAUACUCGCAAGCUUUAAUUCUCUUUCAUAUAGGAAAUAUAAUAAGGUUACAAAUACAAAGUUUUACUCACUAUAAAUGGGUAUAUAUUGCCUAAUAUUUCAAAAAUCCUCACUCCUCCUACAAUAUGAACAAAACCGUUGGAAAAAAUUAUAUUUUUUGGGUAAAAUCCACCUUCAUACGAACAAAGUGCAUUUUAAUAUUAAAAUGUUUUAUGAUAUAUAAUUGAUAAUUAUUGUAAUGAAAUCUAGAACUAAAUUCCGUUGAAUUUAAACAUCUUGCAUUUUAAAACAUAAAUUUACAAGUUAAAUUAAUAUUUCCUUUAAGCAUACUUCGAAUUGGGAUUUUUAAAUUUUGAAAAGAAUCUUACUUUAAAUUUUAUAUAAAUCCCCUCCUUGAGCGAACAUAAAAAUAUUCUUCGCUCAUGGGAGGAGCCAGCAUUAUUAAAAACUUUAUCUGACAACUCCUUCAAAGAAAUAUCAAGCAUAGAGACUCAACUCAAAAAGAUCCAAGAUCUAAUCAAUGAAAUUCAAAAAGAUUCAUCAAAAGCAGCCCAUUUAAAGAUUUUGAAGGAAGCACCUGACCAAGCUUUAUUGAAAUACAAAGAAAUUCUAGAUGAAAAUUUUAUUUUAUUAAACAUUGAAGAAAUUAUUGACUUUAUUUGUUCCCCAAUUGUCAAAGACAAAUAUAUAAGCAAAGAUGAUUAUCAAGCAAAAAUAUUAAAAUAUGAAGACAAAUUAUACAAUCUUGAAGAAAAGCUGAACUUAUCUGAAUAUAAGUAUAAAAACUUUGAGCUUUCAACUAAAAGAAAUACAGAAAGCAUUAUAGCUAAUAGCGAAAUUCUUAAGAAAGAAAAAAUAUCUUUAAAUGAGCAGAUUGUACGAUUAAAUGCGCAUAUAGAUCUAUUAAAUGAGCAAAUAAAGGAAGCCAAAGCAACAAGAUUCCAGCGAAAUGAAAUAGGAAGAGAAAGUGUUGAUGAAUUGAAAGGUACUAUUAAGCUAUUGGAAGAAAAUAACGAAGCCCUAAUAUCAGAAAAUAAAAGGCUGACUAUCAGGCUUAAAAAUAAAGCGAGAAAUGAAAGAAAUCCUAGAAGACAAGAAUUUAUUUGUAGCAGAUGUGGCAAGCAAGUUUUAAAUAUUUCAGCUGGUUCAAAUCCUUCAGGAGCCUAUGAAACAGAAGCUUUUGGUUUAUAUAGCAACCAUUGCACAUGCCCUAACCCAAUCUAUAAGAUGAGCUAA